AUGAAUACUGAAAGUCCUGGCAAGAGAAAGUCUAAAAAGAAAGGCAAAGCCUCCCUUAUAGACUACGAGAUUAUUUCUGAAAUCGGAAGUGGAGCCACUGGAACGGUUUAUAAAUGAAAGCUCAAGUCAGACGAGUCUCAAGAGAAAUAUGCGAUUAAAAGGAUCAAAAUUGGAAAGAAAUCUAAAGACGUCUUAAAAGAAGUCUUUAUGCUAAAAUAAUAUCAGCCAUCCCAACAUUAUUAAACUCCAUACUUCCUUCGUUGAUAGUGAAUACCUUUACAUGGUCAUGGAAUAUGCAGAUGGAGGAGACCUCCUCUCACUAAUUAAGAAGCAGAAAGAUGCUGGCAAGUUCUUCUCUGAAAAAUGCAUUUGGAAUUUCGCAAGGCAAAUAUUAUUAGGAAUACUUCAUUUACAUGCAAACGAUAUUAUCCACAGAGACCUCAAAAGUCAGAAUGUCAUGAUCAAAGAUGGUGUCCUAAAGAUUGGUGAUCUUGGGGAGUCAAAAUUUCUUAACAAAAUGGAUUAUCUCUCAGGUAAAGCUGUUGGCACCCCAAUGUAUCUCUCCCCUGAAGUAAUCAAGCAUGAAAAUUAUGAUCACAGAGUAGAUGUAUGGGGAUUCGGAUGUAUAAUUUACCAUCUAACUGCUUUGAAGCCUCCCUUUGUUUCAGACACUAUAGAGGGAUUACUAAAAUGCAUACAAUUCAAGCCUCCAAAACACUUACAAGGAUGAUACUCUGUUAAAUUAAAAGAGUUCAUUUACAAGAUGCUAGAAAAACAGAAAUCAAAAAGACCAUUUGUGACAGAACUUACCUCAAUGUUUCCUUCCAGCUUUAAAUUUGAGAGAAUAGUCGAUACUACUAACUAUAAAAAGUGUAAUACUCUUACAAAUUGAACUAAUUUCUAAUAA